UUUCUUCACAGGAAGGACCAGGAAACCAACAAAAGCCACUCCUUAACAUUUUACUUGGAUCACAUAUUGGGUCCAACCUCAUUUUUAGCAUUUGUAUUAUUUUAUUUUUGCUGCCAGCUUUUGCUGUGCCUGAUUGGAUAUACUUGGUUUUAUUUGGAUCUAUGCUCUAUGCCCUGAGGUCAAGUUUUACUGCUUCUCUUGGGCUGAAUGUAUUUUAUUACUUUCAGAUUGUUCCUGCCCGGCAACCUUUUUUGAUCUGGGUGAAGACACACAUCAAACUUUUGAUUUACUUGAUUUUGUUUUUUGGGAAUAUCUUCAUUAUAUCUGGAUUAAUUUGGACAUUUAUCGGUAUAAAUGUAUGUUUCAAUUUUAAAGUGUACCGGCAUUCAUCCAGUGCUUCCCUGAAUUCAUCCAGUCCUUCCCUGAAUUCAUCCUUUGCUUCCUUGAACAUCACAUUUGAAUAUCCGUUGAUUGGAGACCCUUGUUAUCUGAAAAUGACCGACUUUUGUCUUAGAUGUGUCUAUUUUUUAGUUGGUCUUGGCAUUAUGGUGGCAUCAAACACUUCCACUGUUCUCUAUCUAUGGAGACAUGUGAGGAGGAUGGAGAACUCAAGUUCUUUCCCUGCCCCUCAUUACCAGAACCAGAAGAGAGUGACUAUAUUGAGCAUCAUACAAACUCUGCUUUUCUUUAUCUACUCAGUUGGACUAUUGAUAUACGAAUUCAAGUGUUUGUUUUUCUUAAUUUACGAUUUUCACAUGUAUUUUAUUGUUUUUGCCUUUUACUGCUUUUUUACAUCCAUCAUUCUUGGUGUUGGGCAGACAAAAUUCAGACUGUGCGCUGUAGAGAUUUGGAAAAAAAUUGGUCAAGCUGUCUCACAAAUUCUGCAUGAGGUGCUGGAGUCUCUGGACUUUGAUGCCAUAGUGAGCAGCAGCUCAGAUGAAGAGUGGGACCAUGGAGAUGCCAAAGGGACAUCAGCAGCACCACAGUGA